GAAAAAAAAAAAGAAUGUUUUCAUAUUAUCUAAUUCUUUUAUUUACUGUUCUUUAAAAUAACUCUUUUUUUUUUAUUAUUUUUUAGACUACUUAUAUUAACUUGGAGGAAACAGAUUCCAACCUGAAGAAUUCGUUAUCUGAAGAAAAGUCAUCAACAACAAUACCAACAUUACUCACCAACACAAUAAUACAAACGCCUAUUUCAAUUUCAGCAAACUCUGACAAGAGAGAAGAAGAAGAAGAAGAAAGUGACGAUGAUGAAGAUCAAGAACAAUUUGACCGAAUAUCUGGUAUCCUAUCAGCAUUGAUUCAUGAAGCAAAUGAAGCUAUUAAUACUACACCUUCAUCUCUAUCAUUCAAUAUACCUUCUGAAGUUGACACUCUUUUUGAAAAUACCACUGUCAUCAAAGAUUUGACUACCACUUCCAAGAUGAAUUCAAAUCACCUUUCUAUCAAUACAAACUUUGAAAACAAUAUUACUUCCAACAUGACUUCAAAUGAUCGUUCCCGUCCAUCCCGUUUACCAAGACCAAAGAAACUUUCUAUUGAAUCCAUAUACCAACCUCUUCGUAGAUCUUCCAGCAAUUCUUCUUAUACACCGACUGUAUCCUCUUCAACUUCUUCUACAAGUGAUGAUUAUGAUAUCUAUCAAGAUGAAGAUGCACUAUUCUCACCAGUAUCUACAGAUCUCACUACACCAAUGUCACGUACCAUUUCACCCCUUUUGUUCGAUAAAUCCACCUUGAUACAACUAUUAAGACAAGAAAAGAUCAACAACGAAGUAGAAAGAAUGGAAACACAUGAUAUCUUUAACGAUAAUCUUGAUGAUCACAUUGAUGAUGAUAAUGAUGACGAUGAUGAUGAUGCACUUUUAUCUCCAAGUGACUCAUUGAUGGCUUCAUUUGAACGAUUGGAUUCUUCUCUUGCUAUUGUGGAUUCUUUAUCUCGUGACUUAGCUAGUUGCCGUCGACGUGCUCGAUCUGUAUCUACACUUAGCGAUACCAUGGUGAUGAAAAAUGAAACUCUUGACAACACAAACAUGGAUCAGUCAAAAAACAAUGAAACAGGCUAUUUUGAUGGAUGGAUAAUUGUGUUGAUUCUACCUCUUUUGUAUAUUCCAUGUAUGUUACUUAAUGCUUUAUGGAAUGAAUUGAUAGUGGUCGCCACAGUGGAAUCAACAACGCCCUUGUCUUAUUUAUCAACCAAAGCAUCAAUGUUUGUAUAUGAAUCUAGUUUUCCAUCAACUGAACUGGCAACACCUACAGCAGGAUUAGCAGUAUUCUUAUUAUCGAUGUCGAUUCUUCAUUUGUUGACGAUGGGCAGCAGGAAUCAGGAACACGGUCAUCGUCACGUUAUCAGCAGCAUGGAUCGGUCCAAAUACAAGAUGAUCCGACGAUCCUCCUUACCAAUGGAUCCUCCCUUCAUUUCUUUACAACCUUCCAUCAAUCCUCAUCUUAGAACUUCAUCCUCAUAUACAUAGUUUAUUCUUUCUUUCUUUUCUUCCAUUUGUUUCCCCCCCUCUCUCUUUUUUUUUUUAUAAAUAGUAUAUUGAUCUUGUUAUAUAUCGUAGUAUAGUUUGUCUUUCUUCUCCUUUUUUUUUUGUUUACUUACUCUUUUGUUGUUGUUGUUUUUUUUUUAUUUAUAUUCAUGUUACAAAAAUAAAAACUUUUUCCUUAUCUUUCA